GAGUGUGUAUGUGCGCAGAAGCCUGGUCUUUUUAAAAAAGUGAUAUUUGCCAAAGAACACAGGAUAUACCUUGCCCAAACUUUUCUCCUCGUUUAUCUGUGCACCCCUGCCUCUCUCCCUCAACAUGUAAGUGGAAAGAGAUUCAGAAGAAACAUCAUAUGUGGUCUACAGACAUUCUUAGUGAACUUUCAGCGUGUUAAACGCGCAGCUAAAGUAAAAUUGAGACAAAUUUCAAAACAAUUUAAGUGAUCUUCACAGGAGCACACAUUAUAUCUUCACCUGGAUUGUGUCGUUGAGAUGACCGGUGAGUCUGUACAAUUGGAAGAUUAAUGUUAAUGUUUCAGGGACUUAUGCAAUUAAUUUAUGAAAAUACAAAUGCAUCAAAAUGAUCAGGAUAUUUUAUAGCAGUUGUCUAUCACAGCAAGUCUCAAUUUUAUGACCUUUAACUUUAUAUUUCUCUAUUUAAAUUAUAUUGAUGUACUGAAAACCUUUUUUUUUAUUAUUAUUUCAGAGCUGAUGGAAGUGAAGGAAGAGAAUGAAGAACUGAGUGAAGUGGAGGAGAAACAUCAUGACAAACCUGGAGAAAAACCUCUGAGUUGCUCAAAGACUGAAAAUACAUUUUUAAAGGAAAGAAGAGCCGAGAAAUCUACAACCUGCACUCAGUGUGGAAAGAGUUUCUCAACCAAACAAAGUCUUGAGCGUCACAUGAAAGUUCACACUGGAGAGAAGCCGUUCUCAUGUGAUCAGUGUGGAAAGAGUUUCAGUCAAUCAUCGCACCUUAAAGAACACAUGAGGAUCCACACCGGAGAGAAGCCGUUCAAAUGUGAUCAGUGCGGCAAAACAUUUGUUGGGUCAUCAGACCUGAAGAGACACCUGAGAGUUCAUACGAAGGAGAAGCCACAUUCAUGUUCUGUGUGUGGAAAGAGUUUUUCACUGCUGCAAAAUUUACAUGCGCAUCAGCAAGUUCACAAUGCUGUAAAAGAUCAUGUGUGCUUUGAGUGUGAGAAGACUUAUACUACAGCAGACCAAUUAAAAAAGCACCAGAGAAUUCACACUGGAGAAAAACCUUACAAGUGUUCACACUGUGACAAGAGAUUCACUCAGUCAUCAUCUCUGAAAACACACCAGAGGAUCCACACUGGAGAAAAACCUUACAAGUGUUCACACUGUGACAAGAGAUUCACUCAGUUAGCAUCUCUGAAAACACAUGAGAGGAUCCACACUGGAGAAAAACCUUACAAGUGUUCACAGUGUGACAAGAGAUUCAAUACAUCAUCAUCUCUGAAAACACAUGAGAGGAUCCACACUGGAGAGAAGCCGCACACGUGUGAUCAGUGUGGAAAGAGUUUCACUACUAAAAGUCACCUGAAGAUACACAUGAAGAUCCAUGCAGUGCAGAGACCACAUCACCAGUCUGAAACCACAAUAAGUAGUUCAUCUUCAUGUGCUUAACAAGAAAAUCCCUUCUGUGAAAAUUAGUCACAGCAAAAUCUCUCCUCUCCACCUAUAGUUGGCGCUGUUGAAUUAUCCAGGUUGUGAAUGAGAAGCGACCCCUGAUGUGAUUGUGUACAUACAGUAGAACAUAGUAAAGUGCUAUAUAAUUGCCUCAUUCAUUCAUUUAUUAGUUAUCCAUUUCUUAAUAUGCGUUCUUGUCUGUUCUUGUAAAACGUCAUCAGUCGCUGCCGAGUACUGAUCCAAUUCAAAGUUCACAUCUAGCCAAGUACAGUUCAAAUCCCAGGAUGUGUUCUUGAUCCGCCCCUUUUAUCAAGGACUUUUGCGGACUUGAGACGGCCAGGUAUCCCAGAAUGCAUCUCACACUAACCAGCAAGUGUCAAUAGCAGAUUAGAAAACUUGCAUAAUUUAAACAUAUUACCGUUAUUAUAUAUAUGUUAUGAUAUUACAUACAGUACAUCAUGAUAUAUAGUUUCAAGACAAGAAUGUACUAGUUUAAAGAUCAAAUCUGUGGUUUGAUAAAGAAAUAGUGCCUAUUUGAAAAUUUGAUCUGACGUUUUUGGAGUUGUGAGAUCCAGGCAAUCACUGGAUGCUCAACGCUCAUCUACCAUACCGAGAACAGCCUUACCUUGGCUAGUUCUUCUGACAUUUGCCACUGGAUCUGAUGUAUCUGUAGUGGUUAAACAUGAGAUAAAAUUAGUCUUUUGUAUGUAUAAUGGGUGAUCGAAUUUGACUGAAUUUUUUGCUUUGUUUCUUAUUGUAGCUUUUUAUACCUUUUGCUUAUACUUUUA